AUGUCUAAGCAUGAUGAAGUCCAUCACAUCGAGGACCCGCAUGGUAUAUCCAAACUUGAUGCCACGGCCGAGGCUGCGGCCGAACAUAUCAAACUGGAACAAGGUUUAUCGACUUGGGCUUCCAUCAAGCUUUACCGGAAAGCUGUGUUUUGGGCGUGUAUGGUGUCGAUGACCUUGGUCAUGGAAGGUUACGACAAAGCCCUCAUUGGUAAGUUCUGGGCAUUAACGGCUUUUGCUGAACGUUAUGGUGUAUACGUCCCUGCUAAGGGUACUUAUACGGUCGAAGCCAAAUGGCAAAGUGGUAUCACCAAUGCUACGACGGUUGCUUCGUUCAUUGGAAUCUUCCUUGGUGGGUAUCAGAUCGACUAUUUUGGGUAUCGCAAGACAGUGAUUGCCAAUGUCGCAUUUAUGAUCCCAUGUAUUGCUAUCGUUACAUUUGCGCCUAACAAGAUCGCUUUGCUAUUUGGUGAGAUGUUAUGUGGCUUCCCGUGGGGUGUACUUGCUUCUCUUGGUCCGGCAUAUGCUUCGGAAGUAGCUCCAAUUCAUCUCCGAGCUUACUUGACCACAUACGUUAACCUAUGUUGGGUGAUGGGGCAGUUCAUCGCCUCGGGAGUCGUACUAGGCAUCUCUGACCGUACCGACGAGUGGGCCUAUAGAAUCCCUUUCGCAGUUCAAUGGGUCUGGCCGGUCCUUCUCAUUCCUGUUCUAUGGUUUGCUCCGGAGUCGCCUUGGUGGUACGUCCGUAAAGGACGCCUCGAAGAGGCAGAGCAUUCCGUUCGACGACUUGCUGCGCCUUCGUUACGAGACGAAGCGAAACAGACCGUUGCGAUGAUGGUCAAGACCAAUCAGCUCGAAAUCGAGAACAUGGCUGGAGAACGUACAGGAUGGUUAGAUUGUUUCAGAGGAACCGAUCUUCGAAGAACCGAAAUCUCCACUUUGACCUGGGCGACUCAGGUCAUUGGCGGUGGUCAUUUCUCAGCCUACCUUGUAUACUUCUUCCGGGAAGCUGGGCUGGCCUCGAGUGAUGCGUUCAAGAUGGGUCUUGGAAAUACCGGUUGCGCAUUCAUUGGUACCAUUCUAUCAUGGUUCCUCAUCAAGAAAUUUGGUAGAAGACCAAUCUUCGUCAUCGGGCUUCUCUGGAUGGCAACUCUUUGGUUCAUCACUGGUGGACUGGCGGUAGUGGCUUUGAACGGUCAUGGACAAGCAAAAUGGGGGCAAGCCGCACUCAUGCUGGUAUGGGUCAUGUCAUACGAUAUGACUAUUGGGCCUUUGGCUUAUUGUAUUGUCGGUGAAACUUCAUCAACUCGAUUGAGAACUAAGACUGUUGGUCUCUCAAGAAAUGCCUUCUACCUCGCACAAAUCGUAUCAGCUGUCAUCUCGCCGUAUAUGAUCAAUCCGCUAGCAUGGAAUUGGCAAGGUAAAGCGGGUUUCCUCUGGGGUCCAUUGUCUUUCAUGAUGGCAGUGUGGGCGUUCUUUAGAUUACCGGAAAUGAAGGGUCGAUCGUAUUACGAGUUGGAUAUUCUAUUCGAACGUCGAAUUCCUGCAAGGAAGUUUGCCAAGACUGUCAUCGAGCCCGAGGCCAUAGAGCAAGCGAGACGUGAAGAGGGGGACUACCUGGAGCACUAA